CAAAAGAAUAAUAAGCCUAAGCUAAGUACAAAGACUCAAUGGAAGAACGUAUAAAAACUGGAGGAAUGACACCGAAUCGUAUCAGUUCUCAAAAUGAAAGUAUUGGGUGCCUUGGUUAUCUUGAUGGCGCUCGGCCCUUUGGCCUCAGCUAUAUUCCAAAAAGUAGCAAAUGAGUGCGCAAAAAAGGGCGGAAUCACCCCACAAUUUUUUGAAAACUAUCCCCACAGUUAUCGAGUCAAGUGCUAUUACGCUUGUCAAUUGGAAAAGCUUGAUUUAGUUGCCAAUGGAGUCAACGAACCCGACUUGUCCGUACUAAAUAUAACCCAGGAGAACUACGACAAAUAUGGUAGAGUGAUAAAAAAAUGCCUGAAGAUAACAAGUCCCAGUAACAACAAGUGUGAGCUCGGAUUUUUGGUAUUCGAAUGCCUUAAAAAGGACAUCGACGGAUUGCCUUAAUUUUACUAAAUUGGUAUUAAUUAAUUGGGUCUCAUCCCGUUUGCAUAAUAAGUAAAUUAUCCUUUUUGUUACAAAUGUUCGAAUUAGAAUGUUAUUUAA